AUGAGAUCCCAUGGGACCGAGGCCAGCUCCCUGUCUGCCAGGUUGAUAACCGCCCUGUUAAUGACAGUCAGUGUCGUUGCAGGCUAUGAUCUGGAUUUGAGCUCAAUAGACUCGCUCAAGCAUGCCGCCAGCUUCAUGGCCCAGGACAUGAUGUCAUUCUACUCUGGCGACCAGCCGGGAGGCAUUCCCGGCCUGUUGCCUCAGCCAUAUUACUGGUGGGAGGCGGGCGCUCUAAUGGGCUCGCUGAUUGACUACUGGUACUACACCGGCGAUACACAAUGGAAUGACCUCAUCCAGCAGGGACUGCUUUUCCAGGCUGGCCCAAAUAGCGACUACAUGCCGCCCGACCAGACCAUGACAGAAGGUAACGAUGACCAAGGGUUUUGGGGAAUGACGGUCAUGUCAGCAGCCGAGUACAAGUUUCAAGAUCCACCGAGCGACAAGCCGCAGUGGCUGGCUCUGGCACAGGCCGUCUUCAACACGCAAGCUGCUCGGUGGGACACCCAGGAGUGUGGUGGAGGGCUCCGCUGGCAGAUCUUCACCUGGAACCAAGGCUACGACUACAAGAACUCCAUUUCCCAAGCAUGCUUCUUCAACAUUGCCGCUCGCCUCGCUCGGUACACGGGUAAUCAGUCAUAUGCAGAUUGGGCGGACAAAACGUGGGAUUGGAUGGUCUCGUCCAAGUUCAUGGAUACGCAGACUUACUACAUUUACGAUGGAGCACACACAAGAAACUGCUCCGAAGUCACUCCUUAUCAAUGGACGUACAACAGCGGUGCCUUCCUCCUAGGCGCCGCAGCUAUGUACAACUACACCACCGGGAGCACCCAGGAGGUCUGGCGAAGCCGAGUUGAUGGCCUGAUCAAGGGCCUUGGUAUCUUCUUUACCGGUCCGCGACGUAAUAUCAUGACAGAAGUCGCAUGUGAGCCCGUCAACCUGUGCGAUCUCGACCAGCAGAGCUUCAAAGCCUACCUCUCACGCGCCAUGGCCGCCACAACAAAGUGGGCUCCAUGGACAUAUUACCGCAUCAAGCCUCUUCUUGAGUCCACCGCCAUCGCUGCCACAUCUACAUGUAUCGGCGGCAGCAACGGCCGCAUGUGCGGGCUGAAAUGGACGGAACAUGGCAAGUGGGACGGUACAACGGGGGUUGGCCAGCAGAUGGCUGCGAUGGAGCUUGUUCUGGCCAACAUGAUCCAGCACGUUACCGCUCCCGUUACUAACCAUACGGGCGGCACCAGCGCGGGAGACCCCGGGGCCGGCAGCGGGGAUGUGGGUAGGACGGAUCCGUUUAGCAUUGCGGUUCCCUAUCCGCCGAUUAGCACUGCCGACCGAGUCGGUGCAUGGAUCAUUACCGCUGUUAUGAUCUUGGGGCUGGUCUGUGGAUGCGUCAUGAUGGUUCUGGACGAGAAGAGUAACCUGACUACCUGGAAACGGCUUUCGACUCUCCGUCCGGACGUUCUCUACGCCUGUGGCAAACACUGGCGGCCUGGACAUAGGAAGAACGGCCGCGGCGGCGGGCAUGGAGUUGACGGGCAUUACGACUGCAACCGACCGCGCUUCGACAUCGAUGACACGUGCGCUUUCCAGAGCGAUUGCUACGAUGGCGGCUAUGGUCAUAUUGCUGAUGUCAAGGAGAAAGACACGGUGAUUGAACUUCACCACGAAUAUGCCGACAACAGACACAGCUGGCACGGGAUUCCUCCACCGCCACCACCGUCUCAAUAUUCGGCUCGUCAUUCAUCUUCUACCACCUACGUUGGAAGCAAAAGUGGAAGCAGCGGAAAUGGCAUUGGAGGUGAUAGGAUGCCCCCGGCCAACAAGAACAUUAUCUCCAACCGUCUGAAUCAUCUGAACCACCGCCGCAGCGUGCUUCAAAAACUGCAUAACCAGCAGCAGCAGCAGCAGCAGCAGAACAGCAACCAGACGCAUGUGCACCAAGUUCCGCAUACCCCUCUCCACCAUCAUCACCACCACAAUUACCACAAUCACCGCUUCCACAGUCACAGCCACAUCGACCAAACCCCUUACAGCGCCGCCAGCCGUCGCCAUAACCAUCCCAGCACCCAACCUUCUUACUACUGGGACCUAGACAACACCAACGGCAUCGAUCCCGCUCGGCACGUGUCGCAACUCUCGGGGAUGUCUGCACUUCCUGGAGGUGUGUCGGGCUUGGUACCUGAUGGCGCAACUGGGUUUACUCCGAAUCCUAAGCGUCAACUUGACCAAAACAGGUCGGAGGAAACAUCAGGCAUCAAGGUACCGGCUCACUCUAGAACUCGGGAUCAUCGUGAUUGUUGUCAUGAUGGAGAACGGGAAGAUGGAGUGACCGCCGGGACUGGAAAUGGAAAUGGAAAUGGAGAUGUCGCUAUCGGUGACAGGAUCAAUAACUGGAGGGAGGCGGAUAAGGAGAGGAGAGAGAAGAGGAAUAAUAGGGGUGGUGGAAAUCGGUUUGCUUGGGAGAGUAGUGAGAGUGUUUAUUGGGGAAGUUGA